AGCUAUUUUUUCUCCAUUCAAGGCCUUCAAUGCUAUAGCGCUUGUUGCUUAAGAGUUGUGAGUUACUGAGUUGAAUUUUUUAAAAGAGGAUAUUAUUUUAAAUUUAUUUUAAACCCUCAUUGCCGUUUAUUACAUACUUAAAUAAAUAAGUUUUACCGCCCCUUAAAGUGGAUCGAUAAAAUCUAUUUGGGCAGCCAACCAAAAUCGCUUGCCCUUCCACUGUAAAAAAACAUUUUGGCCUUGACGAGUAUAAACACAAAAACAGACGCUCUUAAUCUUUCCUGCCACAAAUAUUAUUUACUAUUGCACUAACUUACAAUUAGAGAGGUUGACAUCCCUAAAUACAUAUAUGGAAGUGCAAAUCAGAUCUGGACCGGCACAAUUUGUGCGCACAACUCUAAUUGCGUUGAUUCCGUUUUUCAAAUGCACAUUUUGGUAUUUUGCAAUUUGGAAUCAAACACCAGGUACAUGGAACGCCGUCCUCAAAGUGCUGCCUGUUUACAGUUUGGUCCUGUUUGUCGUGUGGCAGGGCAAAAAAGAGCACGCUUGCAGGAAGUGGAUUUUGCUGGGGUUGUUGGUGUCAAGUGUUGGUGACGUUUUCAUGGUUUGGAGAACGCAGUUGGUCAAUGGCAUGGCCACAUUUGCCCUCGCGCAAAUUUGCUACAUCAAGGCGUUUGGCUUCACCCCUUUGAAACCUGAAAUUGGUGUCAUACUUUUUGCUGGAUCAGCAGGGGCCCUGAUACUUUUGGUGCCUGGGUUGAAACAUGACACAUUCCUGCUACUCGGAUUGCCUUUCUACAGCGCACUUCUGACCACCAUGGCGUGGAGGGCAAACGCUAGAUUUUUCGCAAAAGAUCGGACUUGCAAGUGGAUCAGGUUAAGCACAGCAAUUGGAUCAAUUUUUUUCCUGCUCUCUGAUAUGAUAAUAGGCUUUGAUAGAUUUUUCUUGCCAAUCGAAGAUGCUCAAGUAUAUAUCAUGUCAACUUAUUACGUAGCUCAACUUGGAAUAGCUUUAAGCGCAGCAGAACCACUACCAAAAGCCAACAAACAAAAAUGACAGGCUGACAAUGAGCAAGGAAAUAAAGUCUUGUGAAUUCUUUUGGUAUAAACCAUUUUAUUUAUUU